UCAUAUUCCUUCCUCCGAAUAGCAGAGCAGCUAGCAUGCUCAUUGGUCUCUUCCCCACGCCAUGCCUCCUCUCUACAUAUUACUACUGGGGCCUCUUAUUCUCUUCUCGUCCCUGCACGCCCCAUCAUCUUCCGCCGCAGAUGAUACUCUCACGGCAGGCCAGGCGCUCGCUGCCGGCGACAAGCUCGUCUCGAGGAACGGCAAGUUCGCGCUCGGUUUCUUCCAGCCAAGCAUCAGUAAGUCUGAAAUAAACACCACCUCCCCCAGCUGGUUCCUUGGCAUCUGGUUCAACAGGAUGCCGGUCUGUACUCCUGUAUGGGUUGCUAACAGGGAGAAUCCAAUCACUGCCCCCGACCUCAAGCAAACACAGCUCAAAAUAUCAGGAGAUGGCAACCUUGUUGUCUCUCUAAACAAUGCCACUGAAUACAUCAUAUGGUCAUCCACUCACAUUGUCAAUAGGACAGAUCCCAGCAGUUUAAACACCAGUGCCGUUCUCUUGAACAGCGGAAACCUUGCCCUCGUAGAGAGCCCGUCUAAUGCAACGUUAUGGCAGAGCUUUGACUACCCAACGGAUAUUGUGCUUCCAGGCGCCAAGUUUGGCCGGAACAAGGUCACCGGCUUGAUUCGUCAGGUCAUCUCAAAGAAGAGCCUCAUUAAUCCGGGUCUCGGCUCAUAUAGCAUUGAACUAGAUGCCAGCGGGCUGGUCCUCAAGCGCCGCAACCCCUCGGUAGUGUAUUGGUUUUGGUCAUCCCAAAAAUCAGUACUGAAAAUCAUACCGCUAAUCAAUAUGAUACUAGACAUGGAUCCACGGACCACAGGUUUGAUUAACCCCGUUUAUGUUAAUAACAAUGAAGAGGAGUACUAUGCGUAUACUUUGUUGAAUGAAUCAUCUUCCACAUUCAUGUCAUUAGACAUCUCUGGUCAGAUCAUGAUAAAUGUUUGGUCGCAAGCCGGACAGUCUUGGCAAAGUAUAUUUGCCAACCCGCUUGAUCCCUGCACUCCGUAUGCUACCUGUGGACCUUUCACGAUCUGCAGUGGCAAUUCACAUCCAUUUUGUGACUGUAUGGAGGGCUUCUCUCAGAAGUCACCUCAGGAUUGGGAGCUUGAUGAUCGAACAGGAGGGUGUGUCAGAAAUACUCCAUUAGAGUGCACUAGCAAGAAAAACACGAUAAAUUCAACAGACGUGUUCCACCCCAUAGCUCGUGUUACACUCCCCUAUGAACCCCAAAGCAUAGACGAUGCUACCACUCAGAGCAAAUGCGCAGAAGCUUGUCUCAAUUCCUGCUCCUGCACUGCUUAUACCUAUAAUAGUAGCGGGUGCUCUGUCUGGCAUGGGGAGUUGCUUAGUGUAAAUCUGAAUGAUGGCAUUGAAAUCAAUUCUGAAGAUGUACUUUACCUUCGCCUUGCCGCCAAAGAUUCGCCAAGUUUGAGAAAAGACAAAAGAAAACCAACCAUUGGAGUUGUUACUGCUUCAAGCAUUAUUAGUUUUGGAUUGCUAAUGCUCAUUCUGUUGUUAAUGAUUUGGAGGAACAAAUUCAAGUGGCAUGGUGCAUCAUUACACGACACUCAAGGUAGCGGUGGAAUUAUAGCCUUUAGAUAUACUGAUUUGGGUCGUGCUACUAAAAAUUUCUCAGAACACCUAGGAGCUGGUGGUUUUGGUUCUGUAUUCAAGGGAUUGUUAAGUGACUUGACUACUAUAGCAGUGAAAAGGCUUGAAGGAGCCCGCCAGGGAGAGAAGCAAUUUAGAGCUGAGGUGAGCUCACUUGGAUUGAUCCAACAUAUCAACCUAGUCAAAUUGAUUGGUUUCUGCUGCGAAGGUGAUAAGAGGCUACUUGUGUAUGAACACAUGCUGAAUGGGUCUCUUGAUGCCCAUCUAUUUGAGAGCAGUGCUAUCGUCCUAAAUUGGGACACCAGGUGUCAGAUAGCCAUAGGAGUUGCUAGAGGACUGUCCUACUUGCAUCAGAGUUGUCACAAAUGUAUCAUACACUGUGAUAUUAAGCCACAAAACAUACUUCUCGAUGCAUCAUUUGUUCCUAAAAUUGCAGACUUUGGGAUGGCAGCGGUCGUAGGAAGGGAAUUUAGCCGGGUUCUGACUACAUUCAGAGGAACUGUUGGGUAUCUUGCCCCGGAGUGGCUUAGCGGAGUUGCUAUUACACCAAAAGUUGAUGUUUAUAGCUUUGGUAUGGUGCUGUUAGAAAUCAUAUCAGGAAGAAGGAAUUCACCUGAAAUAAACAGUGGCAGUAGUUGUCAUGUUGAAUACUUCCCUAUGCGAGCCAUCAGAAAGCUUCAUGAGGGAGAUGUGCAGACUUUGAUGGAUCCACAAUUACAUGGUAACUUCAAUUUGGAAGAGGCUGAAAGGGUUUGCAAAGUUGCAUGUUGGUGCAUCCAAGAUAAUGAGCAUAAUAGGCCAACAAUGGGUGAAGCAGUUCAGAUUCUUGAGGGUCUACAAGAGGUUGGCAUGCCCCCAAUGCCAAGACUACUUGCAGCUAUAACGGAAUGCUCUGACGGGGCUUGAACGUAACAAUUCAUAAAUACUUCAUAGUUGGUGUUACUUACCAUCGUUCUGGCAAUUGCUAAAUUGUUGUAUGGUGCAUGUGGUUUCCCAUUCUCUUAUGCACAGUUUUUAAUGAUCGAUUAUGGCAAGCAAGUAUUGUAUGCUUUUUAAUGACUUAUAAUUUUCUUGUAAUAGAAGCAUGAUGUAAUUUGAUGGAUCCUUAAGUAAAGUUACCAUCUGCAACAGUUGGAUUCUAUUA